CCUUACCAUGCUGUUCUACACCAUCAUCGGAUGCCUUUGUGUAACACAAGCAGGUGCCAUUUCUCGUCUAACGGACGCUGAAACUGAGAAUGUCACCUUACAGGAUGAGGCAAUAGUAACAAAGACCGAUGUUUUGAAAAUUUUGUUGAACCAGGAGACUCUAAUUCGAAUGUCUCUGGUAAAGGACGUCAAUAGUAUUAUGGAGGACAUGUUAGAAGUGAAAGAAAUGAUGUCAACCAACAACAUACGACUCGGUGAUGUUGAGAAGGAAAUAUCAAGCUUAAAAAAUGAGCUACAGUUGCUGAAAACCGAGAACCAGAAGUUGAAAGAGCAAGGCUGGAAAUUUCAAGAUGAUUUCAAGACUAAUAGCCAUAAGUUCAAUGAAAUCGACCGGAACUUAUCAUAUGACCGUGUUCAAUGCGAGAAGAACUUUAAUGAUACAUUUAAAGAAUAUGAGAAAAAUACAUCUAAGAUUUUAAAUUUCAUAAAAGCAGAAGUUAGCGACCUGUCUGUUAAAUUACUGGACUUAAAUAAAUAUACCGUGGAACAGAACAAGUCGAUUCCAAAUCUUAUAGAAAGCAAACUCACUGAGCAUUCCGCAAAUGUGAAUAAACUUCUCAGUGAUAUAAAUCAAAACUUUACCAGUUCAAAGGACUCUCAAAAACAAUUAUUGCAUAACUUGUCUGCAAUGGAAAAUGACCUAACAAGCAUCAAGACAAUAAUAUCAGAAAUGAAGACAAGUGUGGGUUUCACGACAUCAUCUAGCAGCUGGUCGGGAGACAUCUUGGUGUUCCCUCACAUUGUCACCAAUAAUGGAAACGGGUACAAUCCGAGAACGGGAAAAUUCACCGCCCCCACGGACGGGACAUACGUCUUUUUUGUUCAUGUUAAUGCACUCGGCAGUAAUUUUAUAUAUCUAGAUAUUGUAAUUAAUGGUUCAAGUAAAGUUAGAACAUUGGCCCAUAAUUCUGCUCAAUUUCGAACAGGAACAAACAUGGCGGUUCUGCAGUUGGUUAUCGGGGACUCUGUCUGGGUUGGUCGUUAUAAUGGACAAAGUUAUUACACUCAUAGCGUGCCUAUAACGACUUUUUCGGGUUUUUUUGUGUUGAAAACUGAAAUCGACCAAAAAUCAAUCCAAAGUAUUUGAAAUGAAACAGUGUUUACAAAAAACGAUUUUGAAAAUAAUGUAUAACUACAACUAACAACUAUAUACCGCUGGGAGACAUUUAUAUUUCUUGUCUGCAAUUGCUUAACACAUACAAGAUUAAGAUGGAAUAGGACACCUAAGAUAUUGACUAGGAUGUCAGUUCAUCAUGAUCAAAAUGUAGUCGAUCACCGCGCUUUCAAAUUAUGACAUUUUGCAAUAUUUUACUAUUUGAUAUAUUUAAUUUUUGCAAUAUUGUCAGUGGUCUCUGGCAAAUAAAGUACAAAAAACUAGGACAGGAGAUGUUAAAAAUUCCAAAAGUAAUAACCAGUGUCCGUUAAUAAGCGAAAAUUAUGGUUUGUGUAUAGCUUGGACAGAGCAUGGGUAGGUGGGAACGGGGAACUGUGGGCAUCAGUGGAUCAGUACGAGGCACUAUAAAAACCCAGGUCUAAGCUUGACCAGAUGUUGCUGCCGUGAACAGGAGAAUUGAUCUACACUGAUAUUGCUUAUUGAACAGUGAAUACCGCCAGACAUGUGAAGACAGGAACAUCGAUUGCAUCUCACCUCUUGUAGGUAACAAUUUAGAACUACGCGUACCAGGUCACAUAACGUUUCUUGUUUAAGCCCCUUUCACAAUUGCCACGCGAGCACUUUACAACACUUGGCGAUGGGAUUUUUUUUGGCUUCGUGCGAGCUAUCGCAUACGUUGCACGAGGUCUCGCAUUCGUUUUUGUGGUUGCAUCAAGUCUCCUCAAAAUACUGGACAUGCACACAAUUCAUACGCAAUCGAAUGCGAUCUAAAUUUCUGCAAUGCAACGCACGAAAUUACUACGAACUUUUUACAACGUUUUGUGUACUCGCAAGAGCGAUGUACGACUUUUAAAGAUCGUAAGAUUAAUUGCAGCUGUUUAUGCAUCUGUUGUAGGACCACGAGACUGUUGUUCAACGUGUCUCAUUCCUAUGGCAUUGGCACACGUUCAAUCGUCCGAUCGUCUAGUCAUUCGUGCGAUCCUAUCGAAUAAUCUUACAACACUCGCUUUCAUUGUACAGCAGUCGCAUCCAGAAGCAAGAUAAAUUGCAAGAUUCAUUGCGUUUACAUCGCGCAACGGUUGCUCUGAAUCUGCGAGUUGCGUACGACUAAUUUUUUCAUAUGCGAUUAUUUUGGCAACAGUUUACGAACCAUAUCUAUUUUUUCGGUUGCACGAA